AUGAGUGAUGACAUUGAAAUGGUCCUGAAACAGGCCCAACAAGAGUCCCAACCUAGUUCUUCCCGAAGUCGGGAACGAAGCCGCACCCGAAGAGAAAAUACCAUCGGUAUUCUUCGUCUGGACACAACAGAUCCUCGGCGAUCUUCGGGCGGCUCCGUGGAACUUCGGACACCUUCGCAGCUAAGUACUCAGGGAUGUGUGGAGCCUUCUUCUCCUCACCUGUCUGUAGACAGGCUCUCUGUGACGUUUGCUGCAGAAUCACCCUGUGUCGUCUCUAUGGACAAAGUGCGCUUUGAGUCUGAUGCUGAGGAGGAUGAAGACUAUUCGCAGAGUGUUAGUGCAAUUUUCCAACGCAAGGCCUCAACAAGACACAGUCGCAAGCGACGUCGCUCGUCCAGCCCCAAGUUUGUGACGGAUGUGGACGACGGACAAAAUAGUGGAAAGGUCCGCAAUAGAAGACGAUCUUCUGUCUUCACAACAAGCUCUGGAGAUACCGCCAUAUCUGUGGAGGACGCGGUCCAGGAGCAGAUCCUCCAGAACAUCAAGCUGCACAAGGAAGUCCUCAGCAGUGUGAAGCAGCAGCCAUGGAACAUGAGGAGGAAACUGAGGCUCGUGAGACAGGCCAAAGCAUACAUCAGGCGUCAUGAGGGAGAGUUACAGGAGAGACUGGCGCAGAGUCGCAGCACCAGGGAUAUUCUGGCGCGGUUCAACAUUGUCAUUAUCAGGCACUGGCAGCACACCAAGCGGGAGUUGGCAAACCUGUUGAACACCCUGAUUCCCUGGGAGAUCAGGAUUAAAGAGAUAGAAUCACAUUUUGGCUCAGUCGUUGCUUCUUACUUCACGUUCCUCCGAUGGCUGUUCUGGGUGAAUCUUGUCACCGCUGUGAUCCUCAUUGUAUUUGUUGCAGUGCCCGAGCUGGUAAUGUCAAAUCCUGAAAAAUCAGGAAUGCGCAAGAAAAUGCUGGAGCAAGAAAAAGCUAAUGCUACCAACCUUUUCACUCUCUGGGACUUUGAUGGAGUCCUGAAGUACUCUCCUCUUUUCUACGGCUACUACUCACAUCGGGAUCCAGAGCCAUAUAGUUUAGCCAAGAAGAUCAAUUAUUCAAUGCCUCUUGCCUACUUUAUAACAGAACUGGUUGUUUACAUUUACAGCUUUGUAGCUAUAUUACGCAGAAUGGCAGAGAACUCACGUCAGAGCAAGUUAUCAGAGAAGGACGAUGAGUGUGUUUUUACAUGGAAGUUGUUCACGGGUUGGGACUACAUGAUUGGCAACUCCGAGACAGCUCACAACCGAACGGCUUCUAUAAUACUUGGCUUCAAAGAGGCACUGCUUGAGGAGGCCGAGAAGAAACGGGAUGAAGGCCGAAACUGGAAAGUGACGAGUUUGCGAGUGUUUGCGCACAUGAAUGUUUGUUGGUUGCUGGGUUCAUCGGUCUACGCUGUGAUCCUAGUGGUCCAAAGAUCCACAGAGUUGGAGCUGGAGCAUAAUCACGGUUGGUGGCGCAAGAAUGAAAUCACAAUUGUAGUGUCCCUCAUCACCUCGCUCUUUCCAGUGUUCUUUGAAGUAUUCGGUAUUAUUGAGCAAUACCACCCAAGAAAGAAACUGAGAAUGCAAUUAGCAAGGAUUAUGGCUCUCAACCUCUUGAAUAUUUACACACUGAUAUUUGCUUCAUUUUCAAAAAUAAAUGCAAUGAGUGACUUGUUAGAGAAAAUGAGAGGAAACGUGACUCGUCAAGUUCCAGAAGCACAUUUUCAUGAAGAUGAAGACCAAUUUAAGGAUUAUUUAACUGGGGUGUCACCAUUCUGGGAUCAUAACCUCACAGGAUCACAAGAAUGGUAUGAGGAUUGCAGAAACAUCACGAUUCCUUGCUCAAUGACAUCCACGGUUGGAGUUCAACUAAUGUUUGGUCUGUCCCUAUUUACCUCAAAUCUGUCUACGUUUACUACUAAAUCAUUUGAAGAUUCUUCUAGUUCUUCACCAUCUUUCUCAACAGACUUUUUCACUUCCUCUCCGAUGUUCGAUCGUUCCAAUACUUCUGAGAAAUUUCUCAGUUUCAGUGAAUCUAAAGAUUUAGAAGUAAACAAUGUUACUUCAGGAGAGUUCGAUGGGAAUUUCACCCUUCCUGAAUACAUUGAUGUAGGUUUAAGUGAGAUUUAUGCUGAUUAUAAGAACAGUUUGGAUGGUAACACUAGUGAGUUUGAAAAUUAUAUAGAUCCAAGGAAUGGAACCACUUUUAAUUUUAGUGAAAUUUCAAAUGACACUUACUUUGAGACAACGACCGAUAUUUCAAAUUUUUCGACUUUCAAAAAUAGUGAGUCGACAGAAAGAGAUACUCUUACCACCCCACAAGGAAGAGAUGAGACACCUAGUACUAUGGAAACAACAUCUGAGUUUUCUACAAGUUCAACUGGAUCUGCGAGUACGAACAUAGAAGAACUGUGUGUUGUUGUGAAGUGUGAAACCAUAGCAAAACCUUCAGAAAAGACAACAACACCGACUCAAACAACUAGCCAAAGCAUGAUGACUACACAUACAGCAGCUACAAUUGGAUAUCUUGAUUCAGGUGAUCCAAACCAAAGAUGGUCCAAACGUCGUCCGUAUCCCAAGAAAGAGGACAUGACACCUUAUAUAAAGUCUCUCGAUGAGGAGUCUAAAAAAAAGCUUGUUCCAUUAUGUUGGGAGACCAUGUUUGGCAGGGAAAUGGUCAAACUCACUGUGAUGGAUUUGGUCAUGACUGUCAUUUCCACUCUGAUGGUGGACUUUUUCCGAGCGGUGUUUGUCCGUUUCAUGAACAACUGUUGGUGCUGGGACUUGGAGAAGAAGUUUCCGCAGUACGGAGACUUCAAGAUCGCAGAGAACAUUCUCCACCUAGUCAACAACCAGGGGAUGGUCUGGAUGGGGAUGUUUUUCUCCCCUGGGCUUCCACUCAUCAAUGUUAUCAAAUUGGCAAUCAUGAUGUAUCUCCGCUCAUGGGCCGUCCUUACCUGCAACGUCCCUCAUGAGGUUGUGUUUCGGGCGUCUCGCUCCAACAACUUCUACCUCGCCCUACUACUCACCAUGCUGUUCCUCUGUGUUCUGCCGGUUGGGUACGCCGUGGUCUGGGUCGUACCGUCUUGGCAUUGCGGUCCUUUCUCUCGAUACCAUCGCAUCUACCACAUCUUCACAUCUAGUCUUAAACAGGGUUUGCCGUACGACUGGCUCCACAAAGCUUUCGACUACAUAGCUUCACCAAGCAUCGUCAUCCCUCUACUGAUGUUGCUAGUGCUCAUCAUAUACUACCUCAUCUCUCUUACAAGUGCUCUCCGAGAAGCUAACAAUGAUCUGAAAAUCCAAUUGCGAAGAGAGAGAACAGAAGAGAGGAGGAAAAUGUUCCAAUUGGUCGACAAAAAGAGACAAGAGGCAGAAAAUCCUAGUCUUAAGUGGAAGAAAGCAAUGCCAAACUUUCCAUAUGGAAAACUGUCCAUAGCUGAUAUUCCUAUAGAUCUUCUUAAAGUUGGUGCGAUCAAUGGAAAUGCAAAUUAUGAAUCAACAAAGAAAGAUUUAAUUGAAGAAUUCAUGAAAAAAGCAAAGAGAAUGCCAUCUGGGACUUCUGAAGAGGAGAAUAUUCUGCUUGAUGCAGGAGACGGAACAGAUGCUGAACAACACGACUCUCUGCCCUACGACGUCGCCAAGGACCCUAAAUAUGCAGGGCUCAUCAAGAAAAAGGAUGGUGCUGACAAGAAGAUACUGAAAUAUGAAGAAACAAAAAGGAGGAACGGCAAGAAAAAGAUAGAGAAAGAAAAGCAUUCAUCAAGUAAAGAAGAUGGAUCUGAGAACAGUGUGUGGUCAGAAAUUCCAGAAAUUCGCAUAAUCCAGACAGAGAGCAAUGAACGGCUAGACAUAGACAAUCAGUCUGAUGAGGUGAAACCUUCCAAAAUCAAGGACAAAUCUAGAAGUAGUUCUUCACAACAGCAAGUCAAGAAAAAGAACGAGAAAAAAGUAAAGAGUGGUCAGUCCACUAGAAAUGAAACAGGAGAGAAAAGGAGUGAUUCAGCCAAAAGUUCUCCAAGACAUACUAAGAAGAUUAACAAACAAAAGAAGAGAAGUAGUAGUAAAACAGAAGGGGAAUCAUCAAUCGAUGCAGCGGAUUCCGGAAAUGAAAUUAGCGAAGAAACGUUACCUACAGAGAGUAAUAGAAAGAAUUUUGAUAACAAAACAACUGAGAAGCCCAAAGUCCACAAGUUAAAGGCCAUCAUCACAGCAUCACAAGCAAUGAAGAAGAGGGAAAAAUCCCAACCGAAGCAGAAUCAAGAUGAAAGUGAGGGAAGGACUGGGAAAGAUCACAAUAGAAGAACUGUAAAAAAUAAAGAAGAAAGCUCUCACAAAAAAUCAUCCAAAUCAAAAUUGAAAAAUGAGAGCGAUGAAGACUCUGUUUUGAAAUCUUCCAAAGAGAGUGGAGAUGAUUCUCAAGAUGAAGGCGAAGAGUCAGAAAACUCAGAAAACAGUGAUGUCUCUGAUGAUGAAAGUGAGCAUAAAAGUGAAAGUGAUGAAGAACUUACGCAUUCAGAAAGUGAUACUAAAACUGAUAGUGAAUCUAAAACAAGCAGCAAACACUUGAAGAAACAAUCAAACAGUACAGAAACUGAAGGUAGUGAUGUAUCAUCUCAUACAGUCAAAAAGCUUGAAGUUUUGAAACAGAAGCAAGUGAGCAAAAGUGGAAUGGAAGAUGAGAAUGAUGGGGAACGUUCAAAAACACAAACCUCGAAAGAAAACAAAAGUUCUAAAAAAGCCAUGGCUCGAUUUAAAAUAGCAAAUGUUCUCUUAAAAGAGGCUAGGAGAAGAAGCAGUUCUGGUCUUGAAGAAAAGUAAUAUGUAAUAUAAAAUAGAAACUGUCGGCUAGUUACUAAAAUACUAAU